AGAGAUCGCCAACUGGCUCUCCAUCCCUUGCAGAAGACACGCUAGGCUAGUCUGUCGCCAUCGAGUUGGCCCCUGUACCUGCAAAGCUCCAACAUAAAAUGUCAAACGUCUCCGUUGCCGGUGCACUUCCUCGAACAUGGAGACGUAAACUACCUAUAGUAUCUUGGAAGAUCCUCGAAACUUGACCUUUGGCACCUACUCCGACUUGCUGGAUCACUGGACUACCCAACUACUGGACUACCACUGGACUACUACUGGAACUACUGGAGUGCAUUUCACAAACUAAACCGCUCGCUCACCUCACGAUGCGCAAAGUUUUGGCGGGGCCAGCGGACCGCUUGCCAAGACCGCCAUAUGAUGUUGAGAUAGACGCUAUUCUAAAGGCCUUGGGAGGGGUCUCCGAACAAUAUGAAGUUGAGAGACUUCGAAAGGAUGCAUCGACCAGGACCCAGCCUCUCACGAAUGCCUUGCUCGCAGACAAGACCGUCCGCGUCGAGGACAUCUCAGUACCGGGACCCCGACAACAAAAUCUCACGGUUUCCGUCGUACGGCCAGCAGCGACGACCACAGCGGGUGGGAACCACCCAUGCAUCUUCUACAUACACGGCGGUGCCUUGGUCGCGGCAGAUCGCUUCGCUGGCUUGGAUACCAGCGUGGUAUGGGCAAAGGAGUUUAAUGCCAUCUCGAUGAGUGUGGAGUACGGACGUGCACCAGAGCAUACGGGUACGCAGCCUGCAGAAGACUGUUACGCAGCGCUGCUUUGGGCUGGAAAGCACCUGACCGAAUUGGGUAUCGAUCCCGAGCGUUUGCUUCUCUACGGAACCUCUGCUGGAGGUGGCUUGGCCGCGGCAACCGCUCUUAUGGCACGCGACAAAGGUGGCCCGAAAUUAUGCGGCCUGGUUCUCGAAUGCCCCAUGCUCGACGACAGAAAUGAGAAAGUCUCAUCUCAUCAGUUCUCCACCGGCCCCUUUUACAAUUCAACUCUGAACAAAUUUGCUUGGAGAUGCCUCCUUGGCGAACGCGCCGGAGGCAACUCCGUUAGUGAAUACGAAGCACCUGCCAGAGCGCGAGAUCUCUCGAAGCUGCCCCCGACCUUCCUCGAUUGCGCGUCGGCUGAACCAUUUCGGGACGAAAUCGUGGCUUUCGCCUCUAAAUUAUGGGAGGGCGGCGUGCAAGCCGAACUUCACGUGUGGCCGGGUGGGCCCCAUGGCUAUGAUCGCAUUGUUCCCUCUGCGCCCUUUGCGAUACUUGCAAGGCAAACCAGGCUGGCCUGGAUCCGCAGAGCUUUCCUUCAAGCCACCUGACAGCUUGGCUCCUGAUUGCAGUUUUUAUUGAUAUUGAAUCUGAUACAACUGCUACGUAAUAGCGUCAUAUAAAACAAUCAAAACGAUGAAGCGAUUCACCAAAUAUAUCCCAGGGGGGGGUGUUGAAGGGCCAUCCAUAACUACGCAUGCAGAGACACCGGUAGUUAACACUAUCCACAUCUUUGAAUCAUGUUUCCAUCUGGGGGGAGGGGAGGGGAGGGGGGGAAAUUGCUUGGGUUCUGAUGUGGUGGCGGCGGACUCAUCCACUCGAGAAAUUGUAACUACUUUCAGGUUGUACAGGAUAGACACCUUCACAUAACACAGCCGGCUACGGACAUGUUUGAAGGUAUAUUAAGCAGUUUGUUAUGAUUAGAUAAACGUGUAAAUUGUUAACAGGUCC